UAUGAUGAUCUGGGGCAGGUGUGAUGUGACUCCACUCAGGGUGCAGUAGUAACCGGAGAUCUGCAUGUCGCCCCAGUACUUUGCACCGUCACUUUGGAUAUAAAUAGCUUUACUGAAAGCUACGCAGGGGACUGAAGGAAUCCCAUCACAUCAGAGGGGAGGGGUCACUAUGCUUGUGUGUACAUAAAGCAUACUGAUUGUAGGCAGUGGCCACAAAAGACCAGACACUCUGCAGAUAGACAGCACAGGGGGAGCCACUGGCUGCAGGCACUCCAGACAAUCUUUACCAGAUAUAGACCAAAACUACAAUAGUGGGACAUGGGCACUUAUGGAUCCAAGCUUCGGAAACACGCACAGGUCCUGAUGCUUGGUCUGGACGGAUCAGGAAAGACCACCCUCCUCUACAAACUGAUGUACAACGAGAGUGUGGUGACCGUACCAACUGUGGGCUUCAACGUGGAGACGCUGGAGACAGACCGGAGCAGCCCAAGCCUGACUGUGUGGGACGUGGGCGGGCAGAGGAAGAUGAGGCCCCACUGGCGGCAUCACUUCACUGAUACAGCCGGACUGGUGUUUGUGGUGGACAGUUGGGAUCAGAAGCGGCUGGAUGAGACCCGCAAAGAACUCCAUCGGGUCCUAAGAUACGGGAGUCUCCGAGGAGUUCCUCUCGUGGUCCUCGCCAACAAACAGGACAUUCCAGGAGCUCUGAGUGCAGAGGAACUCUGCCUGAAACUGGACUUAAGACCAGUGUGUGAGGGCAGAGCCUGGUUCAUCCAGCCCUGUUCCGCCACCACAGGUGUGGGUCUGGAGGAAGGCUUCAGGAGGAUCGUCUAUCUGAUGAAGACCCCGCUGAAACAGACCCAGGAGGACAUUAAAGUUAAGAUGAAGUCAAAGGGCUUCAGUAUCACAGCUGUGAAAAAAAUCUUCCUCUGCGGCAGGUGAUGGAUGGAAAUCUUUCUUGAGGUUUCGUUCACGUCUUGUGUGGGAUUGUUUCCUGCCUGCCACUGUGAGUCAUCAGCAAAUGACUGUGCUGUGGUAUCUGCAAGAUCAAGUGAGAGGAGGCGGUAAAAGGAAGGAUGGUAUCAACACAGUGAUUAGUGUUAAUAUCUGUGAAAGAUGAAACUUUAACCCUUACAGGCCUUACAUGACAAUGCUAUGCACAACAUUAACCAACUUCUGAACCUUGUUUAAAAAAAAACAAGUCCCCUUGAUGCUGAUGCCUGAAAGAAUAAGCGUAGAAAGGGGAAAAUAAAACGAUGCCCAGGUGUUUCUUUGUCUAUGUAUGGGUUAGAAGGAUGCACUGGAUCAUGCAGGAGAGAGAGUCUCUUUGGACUGUGGUGAUGAAGUACAAGGAUUGUGUUAUUGAUCUUGGAUUAUCAGGGUAGUUUUGUGAAAGCAGUCGAUAUGUCACAUAUUCUGUCUGAGUACAUACUGUACACAGAAAAAUGACUGAUAAGGAACAGGAAUGUUCUGCUCCAUAUGUGGAUUGUUUCUUUUUAUAAAAAAACAUUUAUUUGAAUUUGUUUUUGAUAUCACAAUAUUAAAAUGUAA